AUGGUUAAGGCUGGUUUCAUCUCUUCUCUCCUGUCCCUGGCCGCGGUCACCAGCGCCUGGGACGCUCCCAACUACGGCGGUUUCAACCGAGUUUGGCAGGACAACUUUGGCGGCAACGGCGGCCAGCUCCCCAACGAGGGCAACUGGAACAUCAUCACCGGCAACCUCGGCGUCAACAAUGAGUUGGAGGUCUACCAGCGCGACACGCGCAACCUGCAGCUGAGCGGCGGCAACACCCUGCAGAUUGUGCCCUGGAGAAACGGCAACGGCUGGACGUCUGGCCGCAUCGAGUCCAAGUACGUCUUCACGCCCCAGGGCGGCAAGCUCACCCGCGUCGAGGCUGUCCUCCGCUUCGGCGGCAACAGCAUCAACAACAAGCAGGGCAUCUGGCCUGCGUGGUGGAUGCUCGGCGACGGCAUCCGCCACGGCGUUCAGUGGCCCGGGUGCGGUGAGCUGGACAUUCUCGAGACUGUUAACGGACAGCUCACCGGCCACGGCACCAUGCACUGCGACACGUUCCCCGGCGGCAUUUGCAACGAGGGCAACGGCAUCGGCUCGCCCGUCAACUUCCCCAACCAAGACUGGCACACCUGGCGCCUGGAGAUCGAUCUCCGCCCCGGCAACUGGGUUGACCAGAGCAUCACUUGGUAUCUGGAUGGCCAGCAGUUCCAGCGCAUCACCGGCAGCCGCAUCAACAACUACAAUGUGUGGCGCUCUGUUGCCCAGAGCCCCCUCUUCUUCAUCCUCAACGUCGCUGUUGGUGGCAACUGGCCCGGUAACCCCAACGGAAACACCCAGGACGGCUACGGCAGCAUGAUGGAAGUCGGCUACACUGCUCAAAGCUUUCCGCUUUUGCGGCUUUCCUUUUCCGUUCUCUUCACUGUCUAUAUUUUUACGGCCGUCUUGACACGCCACUGUCCAUACUUUCGCUCGCUGGUACGAAGCUCGUACAUACAUUAUCAUGAGAAAUACAACCUGUAUAUAUUCUAG